UGAAUAGUCGACUAUUCGUAAUGAGACAUAAUGAUGAAAUGAAAAGAACGAAAGUGAGAAAAUUCAUCCUUCUGUCGCUUCGUAUACUUCACAUUAAACGUAUUCGUUCUAUUCGACUUCAUUACGGUCCAUCUCUAAUCGGAUCCGAUGCGUCUCCGACGAAUCCGGAUCUAGUAGGUUUCUACGGUGGAUUUCGCUGAAUUCUAUUUGAUCCAUCCCGACGGAAGCGUUGAUCUGGGGAUGUGUCCGUGUCGUAUUGAAAAGAAGGAUAUUAUUGUUCUAUGAGGGCUGAUGUACUCAUGUGCUCUCUUGCAGUCUAGUUUUGAAUCGCUUUUAAUUUUGAUUUUAGAUGCCUCACGAGUCGACUGUUGAUCCAGAAGAGCCCAUGCAUGAAGUAAAUGCUCCAUGGGGUGGCACGCAAGAGUCUAUUAAAGAUCGACGUUCAACCAGUAUAGUUGCCAGUGAUCUAUUAAAAAAUACAAUUCAUACACAUCCCGAUCUUCCGACACAUAUUACACAUGAUCAUGAUGUUGACAGUGCAGCUGGUAGCGAUGACGAUUUGGAUAAUGUUGCGUCGGAUGGCAGUCGGGAUUGUAUUCCACCAAUUGGCUAA